AUGGCGCCGUCCGGACAAUGGCUACAGCUCUAUUUACUUUCUCUUCUCUCUGUUCCUUCUCUUGCUUUGCCCAAUAUCGACCAUUCAAAUACCCAUAUCAGGCGAAAAGACUAUCAGGAACAGUCUCGUUGUCAAUUCAAACCCCUUGGAUUCGUCCAUCCGCACCCAGGUUCCUCAAAAUCCAUAAUCACAAUUACAAAACAAGGCCAAGAGGUAACAACAUACACACCAGCGGCCACUAAAUGCUCUGCCGGUACCUGCAAAGAAGUUUACUGUUCUUCAACUUAUCGCUGGUAUUCUACCUGGCUCCCUGGCCCAAGCGGCCUUCAAUUCGUCACCCGUGGUGAUGAUACUAUAACUUUACCUCCCGUACCCUGUGCGACUUCUGCUCCCAAAAUCCUUACCAAGUCACAUUACUGCAAGAAAAACGGUGUUUAUACCAUCAAAGGGAAGGUUUAUCAGGUACAUGAUGCCCCGAAGUAUAUUAAAUAUGCCGUGGAGACCGUUCAUACCUAUCUUGUCAGUGAUGUGGAUUCUUAUUUCCAAUGGUUGCACAAUAAGACCUCUGGAGUAAGGGUAAAUAUUAAGAGAAUUAGCUGCGUGGAGAAUACUUGUACGCACGAAAUUCAGACCUGGCAGAAAGACCAAAGAGUCAACAAGGAGGUUAAGUCGUUGACUGCGGAAUAUAAAGGCUACUGUGGAAAAGCUGGAGCUUGCACACUUUCAGCGCAAAUUCCAGGUUAUGGGGGGAACAAGAUUGUGGUCACUGCUAAAUCUAAGGGUCCGGCGACCUGUGUUUCUGCGCAGGAAGUCACGAUAACUAGGACACACGUUGUGACAAAUACUGUAACUCGAAGACCGGUACCUAUUACCCACCGGAUUCGAACAAGAACAGUCACGAAAACCAAAGCCAGAGUAUCUAGCUCUUGUACUUCGAAACCAUCCAAAAAGAUUACCCUGUCAAAAGCAGUCAGAAAAACUACAAUUUGCUCGUCAGCUGCUUCUCGACGGGUUACUCCAUCCCCAUCAAUUCCAACUGGCUAUAAAACCAUUGACCAAACCAAACCACUUCCAACCCAACGAAUCAGCGAGGAACUCUAUAUCGCUGUAGCCCUUAUUCCUUCAAUCGGAUAUAAUAAAGCUUACCAGAAGGGUGGUAAACUAACCGCAGACUACUUUGUUCGUUUCGACAAUUUUGAAGAUGGAAACCUAACAUUCUCGAAGAAUGAAUGCGAUGCAUUACCAUUUUCCUUGUCAGACGGCGAACUUACAGCCAACGGCGAUUAUCUAAAGGCACUUGUUGAGGAAGAUGCUAUAUCAAUAUCAUCUCGGCCCGAAUCCGUACCGGUACGGAUGAGUACCCCGGAAUCUGGAGAUACUGUAGCAGUGAUUUCAACAUUUUAUGAUGGAUAUCAACGCUUGUUAGUCUGGGGUACCCAAAGACUUGCGGCUGGGACCGCACUGGCUCAAUUUUGCAUUCGAAAAGAUGCAAACAGGAACAACGGUCAGAUAUAUGUCUUUUGGGAUGCGAUGGCACCUCAAGAUUGCUCUUUAGUGGCGUUGUUUAUUCUUGACGGCUUUGUACCAUCCAAAAAACCCUCGGUUACAAAGACCAUAACUAGAACAUCCUCCAUAAUAGUCCAAAAGACCAAGCCGUGCCCCGAAAGUCUGUCCACUAGCUCUCAGGUAUCAACUAGUGCGACAAUAAAUGAAGCACGCAGCUCUUUCAUAACCUCUUCAUCAAAGACCCCUUCAUCCACAACUAUACCGUCGGCAAGGGCCUCGACAAAUAGUUCUUCUUCUUCAAGUGCAUCCACGGAUAUUUCGACAACGAGUGCAGUUCCGCCAGCAAGAACUCCUCCACCUGUUGACGAGUAUUCGUACGGAGACUAUGGAAACUUUGGAGACUUCAUUACUGAUUUGUUUGAUUAA